CUGACUAGCAUUCAUCUCACCUCAUGUGGUCUCUAUGGAGUUAUCCCACCACACAUAGGUUAUCUCUCCAACCUAUCUUAUCUCAAUUUCUCUCAUAAUCAACUCAAUUCUCAACUGCCUCUUUCAUUGGCAAAUCUGAGUGAGUUACUUGUGCUUGACAUUUCUUAUAACUAUGGCAUCUAUGGUCUCAUUCCACCUGACAUAGGAAGCUUAUCCAAACUUACUCAUCUCUAUUUGAGCUUCAAUAACAUCAAUGGCUCUUUGCCCUCAACUAUGAGCCAAUUAACAAGAUUAGAAAUCUUGAAAUUGGAUGGCAAUAGGUUGGAAGGUGUUUUCGAAGCAGGAAUACACAUGCUUCCUUCUAUCAACACCAUAGGCCUUAGCAGGAAUUCAAUCCGAGGAGGGAUACCUUGUGAUUUCGGAGAUGUUGUUAAUGCACAGUUUCUGAACGUCGAUCUUUCUCGGAACAAUCUUUCUGGUGGAGUCCCCAAAUCUCUUUGUAAAUUGAAUACAAUCAAUUUGGCCUUCAAUCAUUUAGAGGGUCGGAUUCCUCCCAGUGUCUGGUCGAAGUUCUCUGAAGACUCAUAUUCCGGCAACCUCAAAUUAUUCCCCCCAAAAGAUCGAAGCAAUGCCAAAAUCAUAUUCCCCGUGGUGACCUUCAUUGGCUGUUUCGUUUUGACUUCAGUUUUCUUUGUAAUUUGUUUCAUAUACUCCAGAAAGAGAAAAAAAGCAGCUUCGGCCACAGCCGAACCUGAGGGGAGACCUGGCGACAUAUUCAAGAUAUGGAACUACGAUGGCAACAUCGCGUAUCAGCUCAUCAUUGAAGCAACAGAAGAUUUUGACUUUAGAUACUGCAUUGGAACUGGAGGCUAUGGGAGCGUCUACAGAGCACUACUGCCCACUGGAAGAGUUGUUGCUGUUAAAAAGCUUCACAGAUUCGAAGGAGAUAAUCCUGCUUUUGAUUACUCUUUUAGGAAUGAAGCCAAGGUUCUCUCUCAGAUUCGCCAUCGCCAUAUUGUCAAGCUUUUUGGUUUUUGUCUGCACCAACGGAGCAUGUUUCUCAUCUACGACUACAUGGAAAGAGGAAGCCUCUUUAGCGUGUUGAAAUAUGACGACGAAGCUGUGGAGCUAAACUGGAAGAAGAGGGUAAAUGUUGUGAAGGGCAUUGCAAAUGCUCUAUCUUACAUGCAUCACGAUUGCAGCCCUCCUAUUCUCCACAGAGACGUAUCGAGCAGCAACAUACUCUUGGAUUCAGAGUUUGAAGGCUGUUUAUCUGAUUUUGGGACAGCUAGAUUGUUGGAUCCAGAUUCUUCCAAUCACACUAUGUUAGUCGGGACUCGGGGCUAUAUUGCACCAGAGAUGGCCUUCACUAUGGUUGUUACAGAAAGAUGUGAUGUGUAUAGCUUCGGAGUUUUGGCAUUGGAAGUUAUGUUUGGAGAUCAUCCAGGGGAUUUCAUUUCCUCCAUGACGAUGACGCAGGUUGCUCAAAACAUAAUGGUGCAACAACUAUUGGACAAGAGGCUACCAUCUCUGGAGGAAGAUGUAAGAGUGUCGAGGGAAGUGAUUGGAGUGGUGAAAACAGCACUGAAAUGCAUAAGCUAUGAUCCAAAGGCACGUCCAUGUAUGAAGGAGGUGUCUCAGGAGCUCGCUAAGCAUCCACCACGGUUGAAAGUGCCAUUCCGCUCCAUUUCAGUGCUUCAUCUCAUGCACUCAAACUGAGCUCACAAUUGCCUAAAAGCAGCUUCUUUUUAUAGUAGGAGUAAUAAAUUUAUAGUAGAUGUGAAGUAGCCAUAUGAAAUUGUCUCUGUUUUUCUCUGUUUCCGUAGUCUUUCUUGAUUUUGAAUAAUGUUGUCAAUAUUUGUAGAAUCAAGAUAAAGUAUAUGUUGAUAUAUGUACAUGUGCUUGACAUUGGGUAUAGUAAGCAUAUUUAUGUGAUUUAUAAGUAAUGUUUUUUCUCUUC